UUCCCGGCGGGUGGCGGAGUCACAGUCGCUUCAGCCAGGCUGCGGAGCGGACGCACGCGCCCGGUGCCCCGGGGGAGGAGGAGGUGGAGAGGAAAAGACGCCCUCUCUGCCCGAGACCUCUGGAGGCUCUGACCCCAGGGGCCAGGGGACUGACAAGUUCCUCCACCUCGGCUGCCUGAAGAGGCCACGACCCUGGAGGCCCCUGAGCCCACCGCACCAGGGGGCCCAGCACCACCCGGGUGGCCUAAAGCGACAGUAUCUGGGACCACUGCGAGGUUUCCAGUUGCCUAGACAACGAGCCUGGGGUCAGAGCCUCCACCCUUCCAGCCACCUGCCUCCUCUGCUGCCUCAGGCACCAGUCCCAGACCCGUGAGUCCAGCCCAGGUGACAUGACGGUGCUCUCGACCCCCCGGCCCUCGCGGGUGACCACGCUGAAGCGCACAGCUGUGGUCCUAGCCCUCACGGCCUAUGGAGCCCACAAAAUCUACCCCCUGGUGCGGCAGUGCCUGGCUCCGGCCAGGGGCCCUCAGACGCCGGCUGGGGAGUCCGCGCAGGAAGCUUCCGGGGCCACGGUGGGCGCAGCGGCCAAGGCCGGUGUCAACCGGGUGUUCUUCCAGCGACUCCUGCGGCUCCUGCGGCUGCUCUUCCCCAGGAUCCUGUGCCGGGAGACGGGGCUGCUGGCGCUGCACUCAGCCGCCCUGGUGAGCCGGACUUUCCUGUCGGUGUAUGUGGCCCGCCUGGACGGCCGGCUGGCCCGCUGCAUCGUGCGCAAGGACCCCCGGGCCUUCGGCUGGCAGCUCCUGCAGUGGCUCCUCAUCGCGCUCCCCGCCACCUUCGUCAACAGUGCCAUCCGCUACCUAGAGGGCCGACUGGCCCUGGCGUUCCGCAGCCGGCUGGUGGCCCACGCCUACAGCCUCUACUUCUCCCAGCAGACCUACUACCGGGUCAGCAACAUGGACGGGCGGCUCCGCAACCCGGACCAGUCCCUGACGGAGGAUGUGGUGGCCUUUGCCGCCUCCGUGGCCCACCUCUACUCCAACCUGACCAAGCCGCUCCUGGACGUGGCUGUGACCACCUAUACCCUGGUUCGAGUGGCCCGCUCCCGCGGGGCCGGCACAGCCUGGCCCUCGGCCAUCGCUGGCCUUGUGGUGUUCCUCACGGCCAACGUGCUGCAAGCCUUCUCGCCCAAGUUCGGGGAGCUGGUGGCAGAGGAGGCGCGGCGGAAGGGGGAGUUGCGCUACAUGCACUCCCGGGUGGUGGCCAACUCGGAGGAGAUUGCCUUCUAUGGGGGCCACGAGUUCAGGGUAGCCCCCCAGCAGUUGCCCAAAGAAACAGGCAAGGUGGCUGCCCUCAGCCCAUGUCGAGAAGCUGUCCAGGGCAAAGAGAGGGGUGUGGUGAGCACUCCAACUGAAGAGGUGGAGCUGGCCCUGCUGCAGCACUCCUACCAGGACCUGGCUUCGCAGAUCAACCUCAUUCUGCUGGAACGCCUGUGGUACGUCAUGCUGGAGCAGUUCCUCAUGAAGUACGUGUGGAGCACCUCGGGACUGCUCAUGGUGGCAGUCCCCAUCAUCACUGCCACCGGACACGCGGAGUCAGACUCGGAGGUGGCGAAGAAGGCGGCCCUGGAGGCGAAAGAGGAGGAGCUGGUGAGCGAGCGCACGGAAGCCUUCACCAUCGCCCGCAACCUCCUCACAGCUGCCGCGGACGCCAUCGAGCGGGUCAUGGUGUCCUACAAGGAGGUCACAGAGUUGGCUGGCUACACAGCCCGGGUCCACGAGAUGUUCCAGGUAUUUGAAGACGUCCAGCACUGCCGUUUCAAGAGGCCCGGGGAGCCAGAGGACACUCAGGCAGGGUCCGGGGCCAUGGUGAGGUCUGGUGUCCGUGUGGAGGGGUCCCUGCAGAUCCGAGGCCAAGUGGUGGAUGUGGAGCAGGGGAUCGUGUGUGAGAACAUCCCCAUCGUCACGCCCACGGGGGAGGUAGUGGUGGCCAGCCUCAACAUCAGGGUGGAAGAGGGCAUGCACCUGCUCAUCACGGGCCCCAACGGCUGCGGCAAGAGCUCUCUGUUCCGUAUCCUGGGCGGUCUCUGGCCCACCUAUGGUGGCGUGCUCUACAAGCCCCCACCCCAGCGCAUGUUCUACGUCCCCCAGAGGCCCUACAUGUCUGUGGGCUCUUUGCGUGACCAAGUGAUCUACCCGGACUCUGUGGAGGACAUGCGAAGGAAGGGCUUUUCGGAGCAGCACCUGGAAGCCAUUCUGGACAUCGUGCACCUGCACCACAUCCUGCAGCGGGAAGGAGGUUGGGAGGCCGUGUGUGACUGGAAGGACGUUCUGUCCGGGGGCGAGAAGCAGAGAGUUGGCAUGGCCCGCAUGUUCUACCACAGGCCCAAGUACGCCCUCCUGGAUGAAUGUACCAGUGCCGUGAGCAUCGACGUGGAAGGCAAGAUCUUCCAGGCGGCCAAGGAUGCAGGCAUUGCCCUGCUUUCCAUCACCCACCGACCCUCCCUGUGGAAGUACCACACACACCUACUACAGUUCGACGGGGAGGGUGGCUGGAAGUUCGAGAAGCUGGACUCGGCCGCCCGCCUGAGCCUGACUGAGGAAAAGCAGCGGCUUGAGCAGCAGCUGGCGGGCAUCCCCAAGAUGCAGCGGCGCCUCCAGGAGCUCUGCCAGAUCCUGGGCCAAGGCCCUGGAGUCCUGCAGGCCGCUGCCACCUGACAGACGGCCCUGGCUCUUAGCCCUUGGCCCACGCCCCACACCAAGCCCUCGGAUCACGUGAAGGAAACGGAGCGCCUGCCCACCGAGCCUUCCCCCCCACCGCCCCGCUGCGGGCCCACCCUGCAUGCUUUGCUGUCCUCCCAGGCCUCCCAGAGGACAGCCAGCGAAACCCGUGCCCACUUCCCAGCCCCACCAGACUGGGACCUGGGCAAGUAGAAGGGGAGAGGGGCCAGAGGCGCGGCCCCGCUCACAGCACCAGCCUGUGCCCAGGAGCCUUGGUGUUUGCGGGGCAGCGCCUCCUAAGUCUGGAGUCCCCCCAUUCCCUCCUCUGCGGUCCCUUGGAGACAUCACAGACGGUCCAUCUCUCUAUUGCCAUCAUCCCAGUGGCCCGCCGGGGCUCCCGUCCCCCGGAACACCCUCACUGCCAUAAAAACGGCCAAGUGGGCCCUGCGAUGAGGCAGGGCCCGUCAUCUGUGCCCCUUCUCCCCACCAGUCAUCCCAAAGAGCCCUCGGGAGAAAGAAUUGCACAACAUUUCCUACCGAGCAAUGACAAGAAUGUAGUCCCCGUCCGCCUCCGUCCCUAGCCCUCUCUCCUUCAAGCUAAUUUAUUGGAUUCCCCUUUGCAGCCCUCUCCAUCUUCAACAUGAGCACCCUGCUAGCGGGAGAGGUGGCCUGGGCCCCCAGCCAGCCCGCUACCCCACCGGCCUACACUGCCAACCACCAGGGCGUGGGUGGGGGCGGGGACGCUGGGGCUGCCAGUUCAGUGCCAAAGAGGGGUCAGUGGGGAAGCUGUCUCUGCAAAGACUGCCCCCACCCGAGGGGGAGACCCCGCCACCGCGCCGCCGUGUGCCUUUCGGGCCCUCAGCCCUCGGGUCGGGGAACCUCCCUCAGUUCCUCAGUAAAAACCUCCUGUGGAAAGUGCA